CCACACUUCUGUAGACGGACAGAGUCACAGUCGCAGUUGUGAAUCUGACUCUCAAAUUCUGAGAUGAUCAGACCCAUUUCUCUCGGACGAAUCCUCCUCAGGUCUCUCACGCAAACCCUAACUUCUUCACUCUGUUCAAACCCACCACAUCCACCAUUUCCUUCUACUCCUCAAGCUCUCUCUUCCCCUUCAUUCCGCAUUCUCACCUCGCGUUACUCGUACUCCUCGAAGCAGAACAAGGAUGAAGCAAACGAUCUCGUCUCACUCUUCAACAGGGAUACCAUAACCCCUCCCAAGCUCUUCGUUGUCCAGCCCCGCCUUCGCCCUGAUACCUUCUUGCAGGCUAAGCUCAACGAAGCUCUCUGCCUCGCCAACUCUCUCGAAGAACAGCGAGAUGGAUACUUCGACACCGAUUUCUUCGAAAAGGCCUUGCCCCCACAUGUUGUUGUUCAAAACCCAGCUGCCAAAGCUCAUAUGGCUCGCGCAGACACAUAUUUUGGGCCAGGGACAGUUGAGACUAUCAAAUGCACUCUAUAUGGUGCUGAAUCAAAGGGUAAAGUGGAUGCUGUUUUUGUAAAUACGAUACUCUCUGGGGUUCAGCAACGGAAUUUGGAGCGAGCAUGGGACAAACCUGUACUGGAUCGUGUGGGUCUUAUAAUAGAGAUAUUUAAUGCUCAUGCUUUUACAAAGGAGGCAAAGUUACAGGCUGAAUUAGCAGCUCUAACAUACAAGAAAACAAGACUUGUUCGCAUACGUGGCCUAGAUGGACGCUUUACUUUUGGAGCAACUGGAGAAGCUGAAGUUGUCAGUGCCCGCGGGAGAGGAAGUGGGGGGCGUGGCUUUAUUAGUGGUGCAGGAGAAACAGAACUUCAGCUUCAAAGACGAAGAAUUCUUGAACGGAGAAAUAGUCUAUUAGCACAAAUUGAAGAGGUUCGUCGUACACGAGCUCUGCAACGUGCUGCUCGCAAGAGGCAUGGGGGCGGCCAAGGGUUAGAGACUGUUGCUGUUAUUGGGUACACAAAUGCUGGAAAAUCCACAUUGGUUGGUGCACUCUCAGACAGUGAUCUUUAUAGUGAUGCUCGCUUGUUUGCAACAGUUGAUCCUAGGUUAAGAAGUGUUAUUCUUCCUUCAGGGAGGAAGGUGCUUUUUAGUGACACGGUUGGAUUUAUAUCAGAUUUGCCUGUUCAGUUAGUGGAUGCAUUUCAUGCAACUUUAGAAGAAGUGGUGGAAGCUGACCUGCUUGUGCAUGUAUUGGAUUGCACUGCCCCUAAUCUUGAUGAGCACCGGUCAACAGUGUUGCAAGUUCUGCAGCAGUUAGGGGUAUCAGAGGAGAAGCUUCAGAAUAUGAUUGAAGUUUGGAAUAAGAUUGAUUAUCAAGAAGAGGGCGUGGAUGAUGGUGAAGAUGGUGACAGCAGCAGUAUCUCAGGAGAUGAAGAUGAUGUGGCAUCUGAUCUAUCAAUGGCAGAACAAAUUGUUGAUUAUGAUGAUGAUAACAUGUCCGAACAGUCACCUGAGAAUCUUGCAGACACCUUGGAUGAUGAACCAAGUGAUCACUCAGAUGGCUGGCUUCAUGAAGAGACCACAGGCAAAGAAAUUCUUUCUGGAAGGGCUGGGGAUGUAAAAACAAAUGAGCCCUCUAAGGAUUGCAUAAUGGAUAAGGACUUGAGUUCUCAAGGUCUGCCUGGUGCGCAUAUCAGAACAUCUGCAAUCACUGGAGUUGGCUUGCAAGAGUUACUGGAACUUAUCGAUGAGAAGCUAAGGAUCCAGGAUGAGAAGAUGAAGGCCGAACAAGGAGUGGAAAAGGGUAUCUUUCAUCGGAAGUGGAGGCCCCCUCGCGCGGAGGAUGCCGGCAUAGCUGUUGAACAGUAGCAUGCAAUAGCAGCAAUAUGGUUUAUGAAAAGGCGCCUCUCGGGACAUAUGUAUUCGGUAGCUCUAGCUAAAUUCUCCCAAUUGACCUCCACGUCAGUUAUGGUUUUGAAGGAACUGGCUUGGGUUAGAACUUCGAAGAAGAAAAUGCACACGAGCUUAUUCGCUGGUUGUCUCAAUUUCUCUGUAGAUUGUUUUCUAUGUUGUCUGGCUUUAUGUUGAACAAGCCUCGAGAGUUUGAAAUGUGUGGAGUAUACCUGUACAAGUUUCGAUUUUGUAUACCCAUUAUGUACAAAGGCACAGUAAUUUCUUUA